AUGCCUCUUCUUGAGCGGCAGUCUUCGCCAGUGCCGGCGGUAAACCCGGCGUCCCGAGACCGCCAAUGUCGCCGAAUUCUGUUUCUGGACGCUUACGACUCCUUCACCAACAACAUCGUGUCGCUGCUCAAGGAGGCUCUCGGUGACGAUGUGUUGGUGCACGUGCUGCACAUGGACCUGAAGACGCUGCAUGCGGAUCCAAGUCCCGACUGGACGCCGGAGCAGUUCCUGGACCGGCUGCCGAGCUUCGAUGCCGUGGUUUGCGGGCCCGGGCCCGGGUCGCCGUUGUGCGAGGCCGAUGUUGGGGCUUUUCGUCUGUUGUGGGAGCUGCGUGACGCUGUUCCGGUGCUGGGCAUCUGUCUAGGCUUUCAGAGCCUGGUUGCGCACUUUGGUGGCGGGAUUCGGAGGUUGAGGAGGGGAUUGCAUGGCAUGGUGAGGCCAAUUGAGCAUCAGUCGGGAGACAUCUUUGCGGGCGUGCCGGAGUUCAAGGCAACCCUGUAUCACAGCCUGUGUGCCGACGUGGCGCCUGAGCUUGUUCCGUUGGCGUGGACGAUGGAGGAGAGCGAGGAUGGAAGCGAGCCCGAGAGGAUCUUGAUGGGAGUCAGGCAUUCCAGACUGCCCUUCUGGGGGGUUCAGUACCAUCCCGAGUCUGUGUGUACGGACCCUGGGGCGCAUGGGGUGCUGAAGAACUGGUUCAGCCAGGCUCUGAAGUGGAACGAAUCGACGGGACGACAUAUUAGGCCGAUGGUCUCGGAAAACAUUGCCGACAGCCUGGCGCCAUCUAUGAUUGUCGAGCGGAGUAUCGCGGCCGAGAGCCAGCUCGCAAGCAGGAAAUGGUGGCGGGAUAUGCAGUCUGGUCUGGCAGCCUCGAGAGCAGCGCCCAUAUAUUCUUGCAGUCGGAUCAAGCUCCCCGAUGGCGUGGAUGCUGCCGACGUUGCGGAGCUUCUGGGCGUGGGAGGUGUUGAUUCCAUCAUGCUAGACUCGUCCAGCACCAUCAGUGGUGAUCCCUUGGCACGCAGCUCGAUUAUUGCCCUUGAGGUUGACCGGGCUCUACGCUUCGAAUACCAUGUUGGAGACGACUGGGUGACUUUACGCCAGCCUGGAUCUGGGGACCAGGAAGAUAUGUGUCAGCGGAUAGAGAUCGACAGCAGCGCUGAGCACGGUGCUUACGACGUUUGGAAUGUCAUCGCCGAAUACUGGGAGCAGAGAAAGGUGGCUGAAGAAGGAGGUCAGGAGCCAGCAUUCAAGGGUGGUUUCAUGGGAUUUGUCACUUAUGAAAUGGGACUAAGCACCUUGAGCCCGGAGUCUGUUUCCAAAAACAGGGGUCACCGCAGGCCAGAUCUUUGUUAUGCCUGGGUCACCAAGAGUCUUGUUCUCGAUCACCAAGCCGGAGUGGCAUAUGUCCAAGCUCUGACGGCCCCAGACUCAAAUGUUCAGCCGUGGAUCGACGAGAUUGUGGCAAAGCUGCAGACUUCUCGGGCAUGGAAACAGCCGGGCUACGGAACGGAAGAGUACAAACUCGUCGCAGCGAAGAAACAGCCAAAUGAGCAAUUGCUGAAGAGCAUCCAAGAGCCGGCCGGCAGACUGCGUUUCAAGACGCCGAAGCCAGACAAGUAUGACGACGACGUCCGCCAGUGUCAAGAGGCCAUUGCUGAAGGCCAGUCCUACGAACUAUGCCUUACGCCAUUGACUAACGGCACGACGAAUGGAGCAACUGCUUCGUGGCCGAGCAAUGAAGCGUCCAGACACGGCACUCCCUGGCAAAUCUAUCGAACUCUCCGAGCCCGCCAGCCAGCUCCCUUUGGCUCUUUCAUCCGCCUCGCCGGGGCCACUAUCCUCAGCAGCUCGCCGGAACGGUUCCUAGCCCACGACGCAAAGGGUCUCUGCUCCAUGCGCCCCAUGAAAGGCACAGUCCGCAAAUCCGAGGCCGUCUCAACACUAGCACAGGCCGAAAAGCUGCUCCACAUACCCAAAGAAGAGGCAGAGAACCUCAUGAUUGUGGACCUCGUCCGGCAUGACCUCUACGGCGUCUGUGGAGCCCGCAGUGUCACCGUCCCGGAUCUCCUCAAGGUGGAGGAAUACUCGAGCGUCUUCCAGAUGAUCACCGUCGUCAACGGACAGCUUCCCCCUCACGGCCCCAACGGCCUGGACGUCCUCGCCGCCACCUUACCCCCCGGCAGCAUGACCGGCGCGCCCAAGAAGCGCAGCUGCGAGAUCCUGCGCACCAUCGAGCCUUCCGAGCGCAGCAUCUACUCUGGCGUCGUCGGGUUCCUCGACGCCCGCGGCCACGGCGACUGGAGCGUCACGAUUAGGACAAUGUUCCGCUGGGACGACGAAAAGGCACCCCCUGAGGGACUGGGCGAGACGCAGCCCAGGGAGGUAUGGCGCAUCGGGGCCGGUGGAGCUGUGACGAUUCUGAGCACGCCUGAAGGAGAGACGGAGGAGAUGUUUACGAAGCUCUGUGGGCCGUUGGGUGUUUUCAAAGACGUGGCAUAA